AUGGGCGACUGGAGCUUUCUGGGGCGGCUGCUGGAGAACGCUCAGGAGCACUCGACGGUCAUCGGCAAAGUCUGGUUGACGGUCCUCUUCAUCUUCAGGAUCCUGGUGCUGGGGGCGGCAGCCGAGGAGGUCUGGGGCGACGAGCAGUCCGACUUCACCUGUAACACGCAGCAGCCCGGCUGCGAGAACGUCUGCUACGACGAGGCCUUCCCCAUCUCGCACAUCCGCUUCUGGGUGCUGCAGAUCAUCUUCGUGUCCACGCCGACACUCAUCUACCUGGGCCACGUGCUGCACAUCGUCCGCAUGGAGGAGAAGCGGAAAGAGAAGGAGGAGGAGAUGCGCAAGGCCAACAGGUUCCGAGAGGAGAAAGAACUCCUUUAUAGAAAUAGUGGAGAUGCAGGAGGAAGAGGAGGAGGAGGAGGCGGCAAGAAGGAGAAGCGGCCAAUCAGGGACGAGCACGGCAAAAUCCGUAUCAGGGGUGCGUUGCUGCGUACCUAUGUGUUCAACAUAAUUUUCAAGACCCUGUUUGAAGUGGGAUUCAUUUUGGGCCAGUACCUCCUCUACGGCUUCCAGCUGAGGCCCCUGUACAAGUGCGCACGUUGGCCCUGCCCCAACACCGUGGACUGCUUCAUAUCGAGGCCCACCGAAAAGACAAUUUUUAUUAUAUUUAUGCUUGUGGUGGCUUGCGUGUCUCUUUUGCUGAAUUUGUUAGAGAUCUAUCACCUUGGUUGGAAGAAAGUUAAACAGGGCAUGAGGAACGAGUUCCCCCCCGCCCACGAGUCGCCGCACCACGCCGUCAACAUUGCGCAGCCCGAGUGUUUGGCCUCAGCCUCCAGAACUGCCCCCUCCGGCCUCAGCCACCCUCCCCACUACACGGACGUGACGGCGGGCAGCGGGGCAUUCCUGCCGCCCGCGGGGUUGGUGGCGGAGUUCAAGGUGGACAAACUCCAGCGAGAGGAGCCACUCCGCCGGCCCUCCCCCUCCUCCGCCCUCUACUACAUCAGCAGCAGCAACCACAGGCUGGCCACGCAGCAGAACUGGGCCAACCUGGCCACCGAGCACCAGACUCUGGAAAUGAAGGCCGCCACCCCCUCCUCUCCAUCCUCCUCUUCCUACACCAGCACUGACAAGCAGCAGCCUGGCGAUGUGGCGCUGCUCCCUCCGACCAGUAACACCAACUCAACCGCCACCGCCGCCUCCGGCAGCAGCAGCGCGUCCAAAGCAGGCAGCUGGAGCGGUGGGAAGAGCGGGCAGGAGGAAGGCAACGCCACCACCACCACCACCACCGUGGAGAUGCACGAGCCUCCGGUAACGGUCAUCACGGACCCUCGGCGGCUCAGUCGGGCCAGCAAGAGCAGCACCAUCAGGGCCAGGCCGAGCGACCUGGCUGUCUAA